GCUCAUAUAAUUCGGCGCAAGUAUUUCUUCCAAGGCCUAGUCGCCUUUGGUGUUUCUGCAAAGUUGGUUAGUCUCUGCAUCUCUGCAGCAAGCCAGGAUCAUGAUUUUCAGUGAAUAUACGAUUUGCAUAUUUGUGGUCUUUUUUCGAAUAACAUCCAGUGCUGGUAUUCCUGAUGUAGUUCCAAAAUCGAGUGAAGCAUCAGACAUCAGUUCCAAUACAUCUAUUCCAUUAGGAAUUGAUCUACAACCCAUAGAUGACAAAAACUUAGGGGUAGGUAGGGUGAACCUAGAUUUGGAUCCCAAUAUCGGAAUAGAAAAUGAAACCUCUGACUGUAAGCACCAAUGUGUAUGGUACUACCAAUGCAGCAAUGGCAGUAUCAAUACCAAUGGAGCAGGAAUCAUCAAUAUAAGAGAAAAAGACCUACCGUGUGAUGACAUCUUCCACGUGUGCUGCAAGCUGGAGGACGUAUCCACCUCUCCCCCCAAGUAA